ACUACUAUUUAUUCACCCAUUUAAAAGCCAUAACUAUGGAACAACAAGUUUGUUACAAAAAAAGACGUAGCGUACUUGGAGAGUUCAAGCUCCCCGUCCGCAACUAUACCAACGUCGACGAGUCGUCCUCAUCGUCCCCUAUAACCACUUCCGACUCCUUAUCCCACAAAAUCGUCGAUUUCAAUAUCCCCUUGGUACUUGAAGAUGAUGAACGCAGCUUCAUCCGGUGGUUCAAUUAUGUCAAAAGCACCUUGCCCAUGUCCAACUUUGUGAACUUGGUGUCGCUCCAUUAUGUCAAUGAAAACGAUACUAAUUACUGUAAGAAGUUGCACAAGUACAACCUGAAGUGCAAGAAAUCGUUGAAGUUGAACUAUGAGUUGAACGAGGUCUUGCUUCAGUCGAUCGACCCUCAACUCAUCCAUGAUUUGAGCCUAUCCACCCACUUGUUGAGUUACUGCAACUUUGAGCGCAUUAAGGUGCACUUUCAAACCAAAAUCAAUGUGUUUUAUUUGAUGGCGCUUGAAGGUGACUUACUAUUCGACCCCACCAAUAAGUUGAAGUUCUUGACGGAUUUGGACUACUUGACAAAUGUCUACCUGUUGAUUUUUGGCCAAGCACCCAACCUGGACUUGAAGGUCAACUGGAUUUUGAAUGCCUUGAACAAGGAUUUUGCCAGUAAUAAUGUGUUACUUGGGGAGAUUCAAAACAACUGGGAGCCAAUUUCCAAAGACAUUUGCAUAUUAAGAAAGAUAUUGAUGUCCAACUAGUGUCAUCCCUUAUGAGAAACGAGAAAUGAGAAAGAAUCAGCAUUAAUAUAGUCUUAGACAUGUGUAAUCGUUUGUGUACGAUACCGUACGAUACCACUGUGUACUAUUGAGAAACCAGCAUUAACAUAGCCUUAUAACCGUGUGUAUUAUUUGAAAAACCAGCAUUAACAUAGCCUUAUAACCGUGUGUAUUAUUUGAAAAACCAGCAUUAACAUAGCCUUAUGACCGUGUCCUAUAUCAACAUCACCGUAUUAUCAGCGUAUCAUCAGCCUAAAUAUUACUCUUCAACACUUGCCUGAUUUGCUUCAAAAACCUUCCAAAGUUCUGACUUUGGUUGAACUCCACCAAUAUUGGCGCCAUUUCGUCCUCUCCCAUUGCCGGGAAACUACCAGUAAUCUGAAACUCUUCCGCUAUGUUUAAGUCAAUCCAAAACUCCUUGUCAAGGUUACUAGCAUCCAAGUUCGAAAACCUGAAUUUCAUCAAGUCUUCUUUCAACACCUCGAUUCGAAGUCCCAAAUAUCGUUCAAAUUUAACCAACUCCACGUCAUCUUGUACCACCUGGUCCUCAAGAUUCUUGGAAAGCUUCUCAAUCUUGUUGUUGAUCUCAUUGAUCUGGUUGUUUAUGCCAUUCAACUCCUCAUCAAGUUCUAGUUUUUUUGUGUUCAACUUGGUUUCUUCCGCAUGCAACUCGUCAAUCUUGGCUCUACGGUCCUCAAAGUUAAUGAUACUCUCCUCAAUCUUGCGCUGAAGCUCCGACCUGUGCCCGUCCAACUGGUUGAUUUGGCUCGUUAGCCGCACUUCUUCGCUCUUGAGAUCAUUGACUUUGAUGUUGAAACUGGUUUUGUCAUCGAUAAUCUGGCGUUUUUUACUGGAGAUUUCUUUGGUGAACCUCGACGUGAAUCCAUCGAGGUCUUUUUGAAGUUGGAAAAACUCCUCGAUCGGACUGGUUAUCUGUUGAGCACUCAUGGUUGUGUAUA